UAAAACUGUCACAACAACUUCUUUAAAAAGUCACCAGAUCUUUCUGUAAUGGCAACAACAGUCCGAGUCUUGCACAGAAAAGUUAUGAAGAGCUCUCCAUGUUUGUCGAUGACCAAUGAAAUAACCUUUAAGACUCCUAGAGCAAAUCUAAUGGUAAAAUAAAGUAUGGUAAUAGACAACUAUAGCCUAUUGGCUACAUGGACAUAUUUCUGCUUUGAAUACAUGAAUAUCUUUUUUUAGUAUCUGAGACAAACACUAAACUACACUGUCUAAUCUCAGUGCUCAACAUCUCUAUUUUGGUUGCAGCACAGAGGAAGCUGGGCGAUGUACUAGUCUGUGUAUGGGUGGAGCACAGAGUCAGGAAAUGUGUAAGAACAACGCUGUGAAGUUGUUCCCUCGUCUUCCUCUUGAGUUUGAUGAGUCUGUUCUCACCAUUGAUACAGUUGCAGGAGUUUGACACCAUGAGCUCAGUCAGGGAAAAGAGCAAAGGAUCUGAGCUGCAUCGUUUUCUGCAAAGUGUUUCUGAACAACUGCAUUAGAAACAAGCUGAAGAUGCAAGGGGCCAUAGCACGAGUGUGUAUGGUGGUGGCAGCGGCCAUAUUAAACCAUCCCUUACUGUUUCCUCAAGAGAACAGCACGCUCCCAGAGCAGGAUGAGGAGCUGAUAAGUCGCAUGAGGGAGCAUGAGGAGAUGCUGGUAAAGGAGCAGGCCCGGCUGGAGGAGGAGUUGUCACAGCUGGAGUCGAAGCAGGAAGAAUCGAGCAAAGAGGGUUAUAGUUGGUACUUCUGGAGCGCUGUGUCAUUUGUCAUUUUCUUCACUAUUGAGAUGUGCAGGGUGGAUAUUGCUGACACAGACGUCCGCCCUGUCGAGGAUGAGGACAUGUUUUCAGAGAGUGGAUCUGUAACGCCCAGGAUGAUGGUUCUAGAUAAGGACCUCUUGAGCAACUUCUGUGACAAAUGCACUUACACGUCCGCCCACGAGAACUGGAGGGUGAGGGAGUUCGUCGAGGGUUUUGCUGAUGACCUGCUGGAAUCACUCAGGAGUGUCUGUGACAGGGAGGCAGACAUGGAAGUUUGGGACUUUGUCGGGAUCGGGAGCAUGUUUGAGUCAUGGAAGGUGUGCAAGCCACUCAUGUGCGACCUUUUGGUGCCUUUCUCCCCUCCAGACCCGCACUCUUUUCAGUUCCAGCUGUGGUGCAGCUCCUCCAGCGACGUCCCUCCAGACAUGCAAGGCUGCGGCAAAAUAAAGGUAACCAAGGAAAACGAGGAGGGGUGUCUUUGUGGCUCUGCUAACCUGGGAGAGGACAUGCUUUGUUUGUUGCACAGCAGGAAUGAUGUCACCAAAGUGGACCGCAGUCCCGAGGAGCUCCUGUGCUCCAGGAACACACCUUUCUUGGCCAAAGAUCAAGUCAUGAAGUGGUUUCAGAUAUCUGUAACUAAAGCUUGGGGACGCAUCUCGCACAAAUACGACUUUGAGGUCACUUUCCGUAACCUGGAUGCCGCAGGCGCUCUGAAGAUCCGCUUCCGCUCAGGGAAAGUCAUCGUAAUGAACAUCAUACCGGUGGUUCAGUUGGAGGAUACGGAUGCUUAUUUUGUCUCCCACUUUCCAUCAGAUUGUGAGAGUCCUGCAGACCCGUACUGGCCUCUCUCUUUUGCUGUCUACGAGAGGAACUUGUUGAAAUAUUAUGCAAAACGCCUACCACAACAUUCCUGUCAUUUACACUGCCUCCAGAUUGUUACCUUCCUACACAGGAAGCAGACAGGGCUCACAGGGAAAAGCGCACUUACAAACUACCACUUUAAGACAGCACUGUUGCACUUGCUGCUGAGUAAAAACAGCUCUUCCUGGGGCUACGAGAACAUGGAGCACAGACUGCGAGACGUGCUGUGCUUCAUGCAGAAGAGUCUGCAGGAGAAAAGACUCCAUCAUGCUCUCAUCGGGAACAGUAAAGUGCCCAAACAUGCCCAGGUUCCCGAGAUGAUUCGUACAGCAGAGCCCGUCAACCUGCUGCGAUCUCUGGUGCUGCAGACGGACCUUUACGCUGCAACAGUCAGGCAUUUUCAGGAGAUGUUGAGAAAUGCUAAUGUCUUAAUACAGGAAUACACGCCUCAGUUAUCAAACGGAUUCUUACACCACAGCCGAGAUGAAAGUUUGUGAGCUUUGGCCGAGUUAGUCUUCAAAACUAUCUCCAAUUUUAGCACUUCCUUGUGUCUUUCAGAUCUACUAAGAAUAAUGUCACAUGUAGCACCAGAAACACAAGUACUGAGAUAAAAAGGUGCACAUACAGAAGUUAUUUUUUGCUAUUGAGGUAAUCUAGGCAUACCGGUUUCUGCUGCAGCUGCUUUCUUGUCCCUCCACACGGUAAGAAGCAUAUCAAAAUACCUCUUUCAAACAACACAUUAGAAUUUCAACAGUGGAUUUGUCCUUUUAGAAACCUAGUUGCAGGACAGCCUGUGUCCUGAAGUUACUACAGGUAUAAUUACCCAUGUAAAAGUAAUUCUGUACACUGUUUCUGAGGCUUUACAAGUUAUUUUCAUGCAGGAUGACCAUUUUUGGAAUGCAUUUCCCUACUCAUCCACAAAAGACGAAGCACUUUUAUUGCUAGGGGAAAGACUCUCACACAUAUACCUCUCAUAUUAUGGCAGUCUAACCGGUUUUAAUGCACCAAACAGUGCAUUCGUUUUUUUGUCUUCAUUCACACUUUUGCAAAUAUGAUGGCAGCUAUUAAAUACUGUAAUAUUUUAUAUUUGAUACUUUUUAUUUUUCUAUUAAAAAGCGAAGGUUCCUUUUUAUAUUUUUUUACUGGGUGUAUUUCCCAAAUUUAAAGCUUCCAUGUUCGGUAAAGCUCCUGGUUUUUAGUUGUAAACAAAUCAAGGCGGACUCGAAGUGUGUUUUUGUUUGUUUAUUGGAAGACAGACAGAAAACUCAGAUCGUGACAGACAAGACAUUUACAGUACCUAUCAAAAGAAGUGCCAAGCGUUGGAAUGGAUGAUUCAAAAUAAAGCAAGUUGUAUCUAUGUUUUGGAUGUCCAAUAAAAACUAUGUUUCCUCA